UCACAUCCAGCAGGUAAUAGGUAAUAGCGUAGGGGCGUAGGUACGCUCCAGUCCACUGUCAUCGGUAUCUCCGCAUGUCAGCGCUCACAAGAAGCAAGAAGUACAAGAAGUGUUCGUCCCGUGCAUGAUUUCGCAGCUACUGCCUCAACCAACUCAACCAUGGCCUCACAACAUGGACAGCUGUGCUGGAUGACAAUGUUAAACAAUCGCUGGUUAAACAUAAAACAGUGGAAUCAGAGCACUGCGUGCAUUUGAGAAUGCACUAGUCGAGAUGUAGGAGGGCCAUGUUUGCUGUCAUUUUUGAAAGGUCAGAACCCGCAUAGAGUUCAUUUCAACGUUUUUAUCAUGUUUAGCAACUCGCAGUUUUUGACAACGAAGGAUGCGGAAUCUUUUACAUUGUGGGCCGAUGAAGUGUGAAAAAGGAAGCCCCCUCCAGGGCUGCCAGACCGACGAGCCAGCGAACGGGAGAACCAACGAUUCACCGCAGGAACGAAGCGGGAGCCGUUGAACCACUCACCAGAACCGAGCCAGAACGAAUCAGUACGUGGACGAACAGUUUUCUGACUCACCCGUUCGCUCCUCUGCACGUGUGGGUGCAGACUCCUUGUCGCCCUCAGCAACGGCGGAGGCGGCCCUGCGUGCGAGGGGAACAGCGGCAUUAUGGGUCGCCCCCGGACGUACACGCAUCCUGAAGAGCUACGGGCACGUCGAGCCGCGCAGGCACGGGCGAGACGCGCCAGAGCUGCAGCGACGAGGACUCCGCAGGAGACGGAGGCGAGCCGUAAGAGGAACGCGCAGCGCAAGAAGAGACAGCGCGCAGCAGCCAGUGCCAAGAGAACCCCCGAUGAAGAGCGGGCGUUUCGGCGGGCCGAGGCGGCUCGGUUGCGGGAUGUCCGCGCUCAGACGCACAAGGCACUACGCUUGGGGGUGAUGAACGAGCUGGGCACAAGAGGUGAGACCGGUCUACCCGUGGCCAAGUCAUAUCCCUGUGGAGAGAGGCAGGUGAUGGACGAGACGGGGAGAGGAGGUGAAACCGUUGAAGCUGUUGCCAAGUCAUACCCCUUUGGAGGGAAACUGGGCUACUCAAUUCUCACUCCAUGGACGAAGUCUUCGGGUCCCACCUCUGUGGGUCGUUUCAGUUACAUGCGUUCUAUUGGCACGCAAAAAUAUCCAACUACCUCAACAAAGGGCACACAGACGUUCCAAACGUAUGAAAGCCAGUACGACAGCGAUGAGAGCGGUGCGGUCUCCCCAAAGUGUGCCCUGUGUGACACCGCUUUCUCCUGUGAAGAGACCCUGGAGAAGCACCACAGGGCCAAGCACCUGCGCAAAGGAGGCAAGCACCAGUGUCGCUUCUGCGACUACUGCAGCGAUAAUCUGUCCCACGUUAAAGGACACGAGAGGAGGCACACAGGAGAGAAACCAUACGUGUGUCGAGUGUGUGCCAAGGGUUACAGAAGGAACGCCAGCUUGAAGAAGCAUUUAAGGACAGUGCACGAGGAAUUGUGACUGCUGGAACAGUGCCACCUGGUUGUAGAAAGACUGCAUGGUGCCCGCUUCACUCUUUCACCACGUGGACAUAUAAAGUGGGGUGGUCGUCUGCUUCAGCAAAUGGCGAUUUCAAACCACGACCCACUAGAUUAUUAAGGCCAUGUCAUGAUUGGCAGUUCUUAUACGCUGGAGACUGUCUGCACUGUCCGCUACGCAUCAACCCGCGAUAUCUCCAUCGUGAUUGGAUAAUGGGAAUUUUAAUUUUGAACGUGCAGAAGCGGGCGUACGACCGUAGCAGACGACAGCAACAGUUGGCACAAAAACUCUUAGAAUGACGAUGAUAAUCAAUGUACAAUGUAAAUGACUAUGGCUAGUAGUGACUGCCCGCGCAGCAGAUGGUGCCUCAUCUCCAUAGCUUAGACCGCCGAAAGCGCAGUUAUGAUUGGUGAGUUCUUAAUGACUAAUACCCUAGUCAGACAGCAUUUCAAAUGUCAAUUGCGAGAAAUGGCCUUCGGCCUCUCAAAUGACCUUUGUUCGGGGGCGCCUGCCAGACAGGCGGGAAAGGAGUGCUCCUCAACUGACUGCCCUCACCGGCUCCCUUUUUCGGUUUCGUUUUCCCUGUCUGCUGUGGAAAUUUGAAGUUGGUCUGUGCGCCACAAAUCAAGAUGCAGAAGUCAUAUGCACUUCUCUAAAUAGGAUCUAAAUACGUUUACACAGUUUCACUCCAAUAUCCGCAUUUUAUAGGUUUUCCCACAUUCAGCUGCGAAGGUAGCGAGGGUACAAUGGCAUAACACUGUUGUCGAGAUUGCUCCUUUCUGCACCUCAAAUGUCGUUGGGGGCCUCCUUUCGCGUUGAUGGUCAUUUCUUAGAAAGGUCCUUUGAGCUGCCGUCUGACACGGCUCUGAGAGGUCAUUUUUUGCAAAUGAAAAUUCCCCGAAGUCCUUCGAGCAUGCCGUCUGACUGGGGUAUAAGUCACGUUGUGUAAGUGGCAUUUAUCUAGGUGGCAUUGACUCUGCGUGCAUCAUGGAGGGGACUUUGGGGAAAAUAGGGAGAGUGAGUCCCUAAGAUUUGUUUGAAGGGAGGAUUAUGUGACACUUUUUUUUAAAUAGAGAAGAGGGAUCUCAAAGUAUUUGGCCAUUACUCAAUUGAAGGGAACAUUGCACAUUCACUUACCAUGCUUGUCCUUCCUCCUUUUCAGCUCACAAAUCCCUUUCCUUCGCAUACCCUCUCCUCAAUUUUACCCUCAUUCAUCAGGUUUCUUUCAUUACCUUUCCUCCUUAUGCUGCCUCUCUGCAGGCAUUUAUUGUGUGUCUUGGUCCGACUUUAUGGGACACUGUGUCAAUAUUUUUUUUCCCUGAAGUGCCUGAGUAUAACCCAGGAGAAACAUCCAGAUAGCACAACCAAUGCCAGGAUUAAAGCCGAAAUCGACUCCUGGUCUUGGGGCAGUCCGCGGUAGGCGGUGGCGCAGCCCGAAAAAUAUUUUGGGAGGUUUUUCAUGGGUAUUUUCUAUGGGGUAGGAGGGUUUCCCAUUGUUUCCCUCUCCCAAACACACCACCAAAGGUACCUUUUUGAGGUGGUUUGAGCCCCCAAAACACCCCUGGCUGCCACAGGUGCUCUCUCUCAUCAACUUCCUAUUUCUCCCCCUCCUCUAUCGAGUUCCUAUUCCCUUUGUUCCUUGUACCCUUCCAUCAAGUAUCUAUGUACGUUCCCAUUACACCUGUCCCCUCUCUGCUUACUCUCUACAUCAUCUCUCAUCAACAAAUAUGACCAUUGCUCAGUUGAAUGAAGGAUCGGACAGCCACUUAAUUCCUGUUCCCUUCCCUGUACUCCGUUUAGUUUAGUUUUUAAUCGUUAUUAAUUUUUAUAUUUAGUUUUAGUUUUUAGAAUACUGUUUAUUUUAGCCUACAUAAGUGACUGGAACCAGCAACAGAGACCCACUGCAUGUGGUUUUCGUUUCAUUUAAAUUUAGUUUCUGUUCCGCAUUCUCCCUAUUCCACGAAGCCCAUAUUCCCCUCCCCUUGCCCUCCUUCAUCGAUGAGUACGAUAUUUAUUAAAUUUAAUGGAGAACAAGGCGGCCGCUCGGCAUUCUUGUGGCGAGGGUGAAAUGAUCAGAAGGUAAAGGACUACGGGAACGGGGGUUCCUUUGGACACACAUCAUUCUAUGGCAGUGCAACUGCAGUUCUGGGAGUGUUCUAGUGUAGCGCACUCUCGGGAUCCUGCAGCACGUUGCAAGCAAGGGGGCGAGAUUAGCACAAUGGGAGACACAAACAACAAGCGUUUUGAUUGGUCGCCAGUGCCGGAGAAAGGUCUACGGAAUACGCUCCGGCGCGUUCCUUCGUCAUGGUGACACGUUAGCUGCAAAUGGCGUCGUACGGAGUUACGGAGAUGUGCAUAGGUAAUCCAGUCACCCGUUUUGCAAGUCACCACGGUACCAUUCGUUGUUAGCACAUCACUAUACGUCAUAGCGUCAGCGUCGUGUCUUCACGUAUAGACUGCUAACCGUGGGGAAUAUCCUGCUACACAGCCACAAGAUAUUCCGUAGCAGACGACAGAAAAACAGGGUGACUGUGUCGUCUGCUAAAUGCGCAGUACGCCGCCCCCAAUGUUCCGCACCGUGUGAAUGCUCACAUAACACGGAACGGAACUUCGUCUCUGUAAGCAGUGCUUUUGCUUUUUCUUCCAGUAGAAUAUUCUCUGAGGAAUGUCGCUCGUGUGAAUACACGGUAUGAGGAAGGAAUGCGCCGGGGCGUGUUCCGUAAACUUUUCUCCAGCUCUGUACAGAGGUGAGCUAUGUUGUUGAACAUGCUGGGGGCAAGCUGGUGCUGUCUCUACUGUUCUCUAAAUGUAAAGUGUCUUGCUGAUUGGCAAACAUUCACGCUAUGUUAUUCAGUCUGAGAACGAAGACACAUGCCUCAGCUCUACUGGUAUCAUCCUUGAGUGAGGCCGCAGGUUGAGCAACAGCAACUUAUGCAGAACUGCGGGCAUCAGGUUGACCUCUGUAUCAUUCCGGACACGUGUGUCAAGGUCAAAAACACUCAAAGCCCCCUCCUCCACUUUCCAGGAAGGAAAAGGGGUGCACCCGACCUGUGUCUUCGCGUAAUCUAGUCCUUUGUGAAGCAACCAUCCGAACCUAGGGUUGCCACCAGGCCGGUAUUAGUAUACCGGCACGACCGGUUAUUUGCUCGCUCUGCCGGUUGCCGGUAAGAAGGUGAUACCGGCAGCCUUUUGCCGGUAUUUGUGGCUUAACACCUUUCAUAGGGGCUUUUACGGGGUUUUCCUUUCAACACUCCACUGCAGCUUGAAUAAAUCUGGAGCACACACCCAGCUCCGCAGUCACCUGUCGUGUUCUUAGUUAUUCAUUAUUAUUAUUAUCAUUGUUGUCUUGAGCGAGUACGCUCGUUCUUUCUUUCUUUCUCUCUCUCUGUAUACUCUCCACCCUUCACCCACUUUCCCUUUCCCGCGAACAUUCCCUCCUUUCCCUCUAUUCCACCUCCUCUCCCUCGGCCGGUAUUUUUCACUACGAAAGGUGGCAACCCUAUCUGAACCCCAAGUCCGAUAUGAGCCAUGCUUCCCAAGUUUCCGUUUUCCUGUCAUUCCGAAAAGUUUAUCUGCGUAUUACCCUGGACCGGCUAUCCAGAAGGUGUGGGUUCGAGUCCUAUAACUGGCUAACCUUUUCAGUGACUUCCUUCUUUCAUUGUUCUUGGACACUCGAGGCUCAUGUGUAUUGUGUUGCCCUUCCUUCUGUGUUCCAGCCUCAGAACAAAAAAUUUUCGUCACGAUAAACUUCUUCAGAAGAAGUGUUGCUGUUUCAGUGGAAACUCCUGUAUGCUGAUCGUACGGGGUGUCCCAGAAAACGUGUUAUUGAGUUUAUAAUAAAAAAAAGAACUACACCA